AUGUAUGUUCAUAACCAGGACUGGGCGGCCGCCGCACGAGUUGCCAGUGAACACGAUCCGGAGAGCGUGAAUGAUGUCCUUCUUGGGCAGGCUCGUAUUGCUUUCCGAGAGAAGGAUUUUUCCCUCGCAGAAGCCCUCCUACUGCGAGCCCAACGACCGGACAUGGCGGUUCGUGCCUAUAGGGAAGCCGGUCUCUGGGAGGAUGCACUUCGAGUGGCCCAGGCCUACCUACCCAGUCGUGUGCAGGAACUGCAGGAAGACUACGAAGAGGAGAAAAUGCGUUCUGCGCUGGGUUUGAAGGGAGCACAGUCUGCGGACAGUGCAGCUAAGGGUUCGCCCAUUCGACACAGCACUCUGCGAUCUCAUCAAGACUUUGACCCCUCAGCCAAUCCGCUGUUGAAUCAUGCGCGUCAGUUGGAGGCCCACGGGGAACACCUGAAGGCGGUCGAGCAGUACCUGAAGCUGACACCGGAGCUGCUCGGAGAGAGUGAAUCUGCGCACCCUUUGGACACCUGCGAACACGUGUGGGUGCAUGCGGUCAAUCUGGCCACAAAGUUUCUCGCUCCCGACAAUGCUGUCAAGGUGACCGAACUGGUCGCCUCCCGGCUUACGCGACUGCAGCGCUACUCCACGGCUGGAGACUUGUUGGUCAGCAUUGACAAGGUCCAGGACGCGGUGGAUGUAUUUAUCGCUGGUGAAGAGUGGACCAAGGCAAGAAAGAUCGCUAAGGACCUGGAGCCACGGCUGGAGCCCUAUGUUGAGGCCAAAUACAAGGAAUCUCUCAAGGUGAGUGGUCAUGCGGAAGAAUUGGCUGGUGUCGACGUCAUCUCGGCCAUCGAAAUGUAUGCUGAACAGGGACAUGCUCGCACCUAUGAUGCCCUGCUGCUCUACAAGAACCAUGGCACUCCGCCGUACACUCAAAAUUUCAACAUUUACAAAAGAAUAUUUCAGGAAAUUACGAGUCAGCGGGACCUCUUCAGCGCUGAUGGCUAUACGACCUGGGCCACACUUAGAGAUGUGUUGUUUGAUUUGAAUCAAAGAGUCGUAUCGCCUGACUCGCCAGUAAAGGUGCAACCUACAGUUAUUGCCAUUUUCGAGCGCAUGCUUACCGUUGCUCAUCUCUAUGCCAUACGUUCUGCGCUUAUCUCUGCGAGACAAUCUGAGCUGGUAACCAAAGUGACCGUUUCGCUCUUGCGGGACUGUGACAUUAUUCCAGCAGACAAAGCCUUCUACGAGGCGGGCAUGCAGUGUCGUAAGCAAGGCUGGGACAAUAUGGCCUUCAUCUUUCUGAACCGCUUUUUGGAUCUCGUUGAAGUCAUCGAGGACCCAGAAGGAAAUUGUGACAGUUUGGACAGCAGUGACCUGCAGGACGCGGAUAUUCCCCUGGAAGUGCCUAUUCCCGAAGAGCCCUACGCCACCAAAGCCGAGCACGAGGCUGUAAGAGAAUGGAUCCUUGCUAUGUCCAUGGACCAGAAAUUGGAACAAAUUCUACCAAAAGACGAGAGAGGAGCCUACGUCGCAGCCUUGAAGGCUCCUGGCACUGGUUUGAAGGCUCUGCCAUGUGUUGUGACCGGCUAUCCUGUGCUAAGAAACGGUAUUGCCUUCUCGGAUCCGAAGAGAGUAGCCAAUCAGGACGACUGGAAGCGUCUGCAAAAUGCUGCAAACGUUGCACGAAAUGCCAGUUGCAUUGAUGUCUGUGACUUCAUACGAAAGUGGUGCGGCAGUGUUUUGGGAUGA